CUGGAGCCACAGAGCCAGAGCCAACACUCUCUGAGGCGGUUUACCAAGGACUUCCUGUUAGCAACCAGCUCCAAGGAAAAGGACCUCCCUUUAAUCUAACCGGCAGUGGACAGGCAGAACCGGAUUCUCCAGGUGUGAAGUAAGCAGUCUCUCCUCCUCAUUUGAUAUUAACAGCAAAAGGUGAACUUUAUCUCCAAAUUAUUUGACUUCAUUAUUUGGCUUUCAAUUAAGUUAACCAUAUGAAAAUUGUACGGAAAUUAGCCUGUGAACUAUAAGGCAGUGACUUAAAUAAUUUGAUCAAAACCUCACAGAUGAUACUCAGUUUUUCUCUCAAAGGCAGGACGGCAACACCACAGGUGAAAAGCAACCUAAAGAACAAGACACAGGAGGAAAGGGAAGAUGAAAGACCGACUUCAAGAACUAAAGCAACGAACAAAGGAGGUGGAACUCUCUAGAGACAGGCAUGUGUCGACUACAGAAGCAAAGGAGCAAGGGGUGUUUCUGCAGCAAGCUGUUAUUUAUGAAAGAGAGCCUGUAGCUGAGAGACACCUACGUGAGAUCCAAACACUACAGGAGAGUAUUAACAGUUUUACAAACGAUGUUCAAAAAUUUGGGCAGCAACAGAAAAGUCUUGUGGCUUCAAUGAGAAGGUUUAGUCUGCUUAAGAGAGAGUCUAGCAUUACAAAGGAGAUAAAAAUCCAAGCUGAACACAUUAACAGAGGUUUGGAUGAUUUAGUAAAAGAAGUUAAAAAGUCAGAGACUGAAAACGGUCCAUCAGCAGUGGUCACAAGGAUACUGAAAUCUCAGCACGCUGCGAUGUUCCGCCAUUUUCAGCAAACCAUGUUUGUAUACAAUGACACUGUAGCAGCAAAGCAAGAGAAGUGCAAGACGUUUAUUUUUCGUCAGCUCGAAGUGGCUGGAAAAGAAGUGCCUGAAGAAGAAGUAAACGCUAUGCUUCAUCAAGGAAAAUGGGAAGUGUUUAAUGAAAGCUUACUUACAGAAAUUAACAUCACUAAAGCACAACUGUCAGAGAUAGAACAGAGACACAAGGAGCUUGUCAGUUUGGAGAACCAAAUAAAGGAUCUAAGGGACCUUUUCAUUCAGAUAUCUCUUUUAGUAGAGGAACAAGGAGAAAGCAUCAACAAUAUUGAAAUGACAGUGAACAGUACAAAAGAAUAUGUUAACACUACUAAAGAGAAAUUUGGACGAGCGGUAAGAUACAAAAAAAGAAAUCCUUGCAGGGUAUUGUGUUGUUGGUGUUGUCCAUGCUGUGGCUCAAAAUAAAGAAGCUACUUUAAAAAACUUUCUGGCUUUAGAAUGAAGAAUGGCCCAUAUUUCAGUGUCCUGUAUUGUUCUUCUUCAUUUCACAGAUCCAUUCACAUACCUCCUAUCACUAUUAACUCAUAAUUUUCCCCAUUAGUCCUUACCCACUAGAAUUACAGAAACUUCUGAGGCUAGUGACAUGAAACAAGUCUUCAUUUAUUAAACCAAAAACAGUAUAGUUAGCUUUAAACUCACAGGUUAACUAUUGAAAAUGAAGUGAAUGAUCUUAAGUUUCUGGUCAGGUAUCAAGCUCUAUUCUAUAUUUUUGUAACUUCCAAUGCCUUAACAAGAUGAAUGUCAUUAAGUGAUAACUACUUAAACAACCCUUUUGGUUCAUUUAAGAGGAUUUUGGUAGUUAAUAAUUGGAUAAAAUAAGACCUCCAGGGGUGCUAUAUUAAAGCAAAAUCU